AUGCCGUGGGCCCGGCCGCUCGGCGAAGCUGCAGGGGUGGGGGGGUCUGACCGCGACCAUCUCCCUUCGCAGACUGACUUCAAGACGGCCGAUAUGGAUGUCAACACGGAUCAGGAUAUCGAGAAGAACUUGGACAAAAUGAUGUCCGAGAGGGCUUUGCUGAAGGAGCGCUACCAGGAGGUGUUGGACAAACAGAGGCAAGUGGAGAAUCAGCUGCAGGUACAGCUUAAGCAGCUGCAGCGGGGCUGCUUGGGCCUCGCGCCGGGGGCCACAGAGAUCCUGAAGGCAAUUCAGGAUGUUACGAUCAAGCGGGAAGAGACGAAGAAGAAGAUGGAGAAGGAAAAGAAAGAAUUCUUGCAGAAAGAGCAGGAUCUGAAAGCGGAAAUUGAGAAACUCUGCGAGAAAGGCAGAAGGUUGCUGAAAGAACAGGAGGAGAAGGAAAACAAGAUUGCCUCUCUGAUCGCAGAGCAGUCCGAUGAAAAGCAGCUAUGGGAGAUGGAGCUAGAUAAGCUGAAGAACCAGCACAAUGAAAUCAACAGGAACAUUCUCGAGGAGACGGAACGGGCCUGGAAAGCAGAGAUCCUGUCCCUGGAGAGCCGAAAGGAGCUGCUGGUGUUGAAACUAGAAGAAGCGGAAAAAGAAGCAGAGCUACACCUCACCUACCUCAAGUCUGCGCCACCCACGCUGGAGACGAUGAGGCCAAAGCAGGAGUGGGAGAUGAGGCUGAACAGGAUACGAAUGACCAAGGAAAGCGUACGAGAUCAGUUCAACGACCACAUCCAGAUGGUGAGAAACGGAACGAAGCUGAGCAGCCUCCCACAGAUCCCAACCCCGACGCUGCCACCUCCACCCUCAGAAACAGAUUUCAUGCUGACGGCAUUCCAGCCCAACCCAUCCCUUACUCCCAGGCUCCCAUUCCCCAUCGGACCAGUUCCCGUUCCCAUGGUCAUGCCGAGUGCUGAUCCUCGGGCACUCUCCUUUCCUCUCCUGAACCCUGCGAUCUCCAGGCCCAACCAGCCUUCCCCGCCGCUGCCUGCUUCCCAGGGAAGAAACAGCCCUGUAGUGGCAUCGCUUAUUGGCACGCACAGCCCUCACAUGACCCCCGCUGCCUCCAUCCCUCCUCCGCCAGGCCUGGGAGGAGUUAACGUCACUCCAGAGUUUCACAGGCUGCAGCCGGCUGAUAAGCUGGAAAAGCUGCUGGAGAAGCUACUGACUCGGUUUCCACAGUGCAACAAGGCCCAGCUCACCAACAUACUGCAGCAGAUCAAGACUGCUCGGAGGACCAUGGCGGGUCUGACGGGGGGCUGUGGGGAAGGGGAGCCUGUGUUUGCCUUGCUGCAGCCUCUCGGUCGAAUCAGGGCCUCCAUGUUCUCUGCUCCGCUGCCUCAGAUCAGCACACCCAUGUUCCUGCCCCCGGCCCAGGUGGCUUACCCUGGAACAGCGUCCCACACCCCGGCUGCCUGUAAGCUGUGUCUCAUGUGCCAGAAGCUCGUGCGGCCNNNNGACCUUCACCCCAUGGCCUGCUCGCACGUGCUGCACAAGGAGUGCAUCAAAUUCUGGGCACAAAACAACACAAAUGACACUUGCCCCUUUUGUCCAAGUCUCAAAUGACGGCUACUCGAACAAAGCGGUCCCACGGGAGGAGUUGCUGUGAAUAGACAGGAUCGGUUCUAAGAUUUCUACAGUUCUAUAUUUAUACAACCAUGUAUACACAUGUACAUUUUUAUUAUAUAGGUAAUGUGUGUAUAGAAAGUCUGUAUACAUACAAAUUCAU